CCCCUCUCAUCUCUCAAAUUGAACACAGAAGUGACCAGUGAGUUGUGAAGGCAGAUCUACGGGACUGCUGAAAAGGGGAAAAAUAAAUACAAAAACCCUCCUUUCUCUAUAUUUUCUCUCUCCUAAAAUCCCCAAUUAUUUUAUCUCUCUUGUUCAUCUGUCGAUUUUGGAUGCAAAUCGAGGGCUUCACUUGAUCUAGCCCUCAUUUCCUAAUUUAUCAGAUCUGAAGGGAGCAAGAUUGUGAAUUUUUGAGAGAUGUUGACGAAGUUUGAGACAAAGAGUAAUAGGGUCAAGGGACUCAGUUUUCAUACAAAGAGGCCAUGGAUCUUGGCGAGUCUUCACAGUGGUGUGAUCCAGUUAUGGGAUUACAGAAUGGGUACACUUAUUGAUCGAUUUGAUGAGCAUGAUGGCCCUGUUCGUGGUGUUCAUUUCCAUAAAUCUCAGCCACUGUUUGUGUCAGGAGGUGACGAUUACAAGAUUAAAGUUUGGAAUUAUAAACUUCACCGGUGUCUUUUUACACUACUUGGACAUCUUGAUUACAUUCGUACAGUGCAGUUUCACCAUGAGAGCCCAUGGAUUGUGAGUGCCAGUGAUGACCAGACUAUUCGCAUAUGGAAUUGGCAGUCACGGACAUGUAUCUCUGUCUUGACAGGACAUAACCAUUAUGUUAUGUGUGCCUCAUUUCAUCCUAAAGAAGACCUUGUUGUGUCGGCCUCCCUUGAUCAGACUGUUCGGGUCUGGGAUAUUGGAGCGCUAAAAAAGAAAAGUGCGUCUCCUGCAGAUGACCUAUUGCGGUUGAGUCAGAUGAAUACUGAUCUUUUUGGUGGUGUUGAUGCCGUGGUCAAGUAUGUCUUGGAAGGUCAUGAUAGGGGGGUUAAUUGGGCUGCAUUUCAUCCUACCCUUCCCUUGAUUGUUUCUGGAGCUGAUGAUCGCCAAGUGAAAUUAUGGCGUAUGAAUGAUACAAAAGCUUGGGAGGUGGACACUUUGAGGGGACACAUGAACAAUGUCUCCUGUGUUAUGUUCCAUGCCAAACAAGAUAUUAUCGUUUCAAAUUCGGAAGACAAAAGUAUUCGUGUAUGGGAUGUAACAAAGAGGACCGGCAUUCAAACAUUCCGUCGGGAGCAAGAUAGAUUUUGGAUUCUUGCAGCUCAUCCUGAGAUGAAUCUCCUAGCUGCUGGCCAUGACAGUGGGAUGAUUGUCUUCAAAUUGGAGAGAGAGCGUCCUGCAUUUUCUGUGAGUGGUGAAAGCAUGUUCUAUGCGAAAGACCGUUUUCUGCGUUUUUUCGAAUUUUCAACUCAGCGAGAUACCCAAGUUAUCCCGAUUCGCCGGCCUGGAACCGCAAGCUUGAAUCAGGGUCCUAGGACUCUUUCCUAUAGUCCUACAGAGAAUGCGGUCCUUGUAUGCUCUGAUGUUGAUGGUGGAUCUUAUGAGCUUUACGUUGUACCAAAGGAUGUGUUUGGCAAGGGUGAUGUGGCUCAAGAGGCAAAAAGAGGUAUUGGAGGAUCUGCUGUUUUUAUCGCUCGUAACAGGUUUGCAGUGCUUGAUAAAAGCAACAACCAAGUGCUAAUCAAGAAUCUUAAAAAUGAGAUCGUGAAAAAGAGUGUCCUCCCUAUUGCCACUGAUGCAAUAUUCUAUGCUGGUACUGGUAAUUUGCUCUGUAGGGCAGAAGAUAAGGUUGUUAUUUUUGACCUUCAACAAAGGCUUGUUAUUGGUGAACUUCAAACCCCUUUUGUCAAGUAUGUUGUCUGGUCAAAUGACUUGGAGAGUGUUGCUUUGCUGAGCAAACAUGCUAUAGUGAUUGCAAGUAAAAAGCUUGUGCAUCAGUGCACUCUUCAUGAGACAAUUCGAGUUAAGAGUGGAUCCUGGGAUGAUAAUGGAGUCUUCAUCUAUACAACUUUAAACCACAUCAAGUAUUGCCUUCCUAAUGGAGAUAGUGGCAUAAUUAAAACGCUUGAUGUGCCUAUAUAUAUCACCAAAGUAUCUGGAAAUACAAUUUUUUGCCUGGAUCGGGACGGAAAGAACAAGGCCAUAGUUAUUGAUGCAACAGAGUAUAUAUUCAAGCUAUCUCUGAUGAGGAAGAGGUAUGACCAUGUUAUGAACAUGAUAAAAAGCUCCCAACUCGUGGGGCAGGCAAUGAUAGCUUAUCUGCAGCAGAAAGGAUUUCCUGAAGUUGCUCUGCAUUUUGUAAAAGAUGAAAGGACUCGUUUUAAUUUAGCUCUGGAGAGUGGAAAUAUUCAAAUUGCCGUUGCUUCAGCGAAGGAAAUUGAUGAAAAGGAUUACUGGUAUAGACUAGGGGUGGAGGCUCUUCGCCAGGGUAACACAGCUAUUGUUGAAUAUGCAUACCAGAGGACCAAAAAUUUUGAGAGAUUGUCGUUCCUCUAUCUUAUGACAGGGAAUGUGGAGAAGUCGAACAAAAUGUUGAAAAUUGCAGAGGUAAAGAAUGAUGUCAUGGGUCAAUUUCAUAAUGCCCUUUAUUUGGGUGAUGUGGAGGAGCGUGUGAAGAUUUUGGAAAGUGCUGGGCAUUUGCCCCUGGCUUACAUCACAGCUUCAGUCCACGGGCUGCAUGAUGUUGCUGAGAGGCUAGCUACGGAGUUGGGAGAUGAUAUUCCCUCCUUGCCUGAAGGUAAGGUGCCCUCCCUUUUGAUACCUCCAGCACCUGUCAUGUGUGCUGGCGAUUGGCCCCUGUUGAGAGUGAUGAAGGGGAUCUUUCAGAGUGAUUUUGAUGGUGGUGACAGGGGUGGUGCUGAAGAUGAAGACGAGGCUGAGGCCAAUUGGGGUGAAGAUUUGGAUAUGAUUCAUAUAAACGAUGAUGAGAAUGUAGAAAAUGGAGACACUGCAGAAGAUUUGGAUGAUGCAGAUGUAGCUGAUGAUAAUGGGGAACAAGGAGGAUGGGACUUGGAGGACCUGGAUCUUCCUCCGGAGGUUGAUACUCCAAAAGCAUCUGUUAGUACCCGUUCGGCAAUAUUUGUUGCUCCAGCUCCUGGAAUGCCUGUCAGCCAAAUCUGGACACAGAAGUCAUCCCUUGCUGCUGAGCAUGCAGCUGCCGGAAAUUUUGAUACUGCAAUGCGGUUGCUAAGUCGACAACUUGGUAUUAAAAAUUUUACUCCUCUGAAACCCAUGUUUCUCGAUCUUCAUAAUGGUAGUCACAGUUAUCUACGUGCAUUUGCAUCUGCUCCUGUUAUAUCUGUGGCCUUGGAAAGGGGGUGGACUGAGUCGGCUAGCCCUAAUGUGAGAAGCCCACCUGCCCUAGUGUUUAGUUUCUCCCAAUCAGAGGAGAAGCUGAAGGCUGGUUACAAGGCUACAACAGCCGGUAAAUUCUCAGAUGCUCUCCGUAUUUUCUUAGGGAUAUUACAUACCAUUCCUCUGAUAGUUGUGGAGUCCAGAAGAGAAGUUGAUGAAGUGAAAGAGCUGAUUGUCAUAGUGAAGGAGUAUGUCUUGGGUCUUAAAAUGGAAACGAAGAGAAGAGAGUUGAAGGAUGAUCCAAAGCGUCAACAGGAGCUUGCUGCUUAUUUCACUCAUAUCAAUCUUCAAAUCCCUCAUUUGAGGCUUGCCCUUCAAAAUGCCAUGACUGUGUGUUACAAGGCAAAGAAUUUCAACACAGCUGCUACCUUUGCCAGACGGCUCCUUGAGACGAACCCUACUAAUGAGCAACAGGCAAAGCUUUCUCGGCAAGUUAUACAGGCUGCGGAGAAGAACAUGAAUGAUGCAGUUGAAUUGGACUAUGAUUUCAGAAAUCCAUUUGUGGUUUGUGGGGCCACGUAUGUACCAAUUUAUCGGGGUCAAAAAGACGUCUCAUGUCCCUACUGUAGUGCACGGUUUGUGCCAGGCCUGGAGGGACAAAUCUGUAAUGUAUGUGAGCUCGCUGUGAUUGGAGCAGAUGCUUCUGGUUUGCUUUGUUCCCCGUCUCAGGUAAGAUGAGCAACCUCCCUGCUGGGCUCAGACCAUUUGUAAACUCAACUCUGUACCGGCUCUGUUCAAUGCCAUUGUUAUUCACAUCUCCCAGAAAAAUCAGUGAUAUUCCUGAGGAAUCGACUUCUGCCGCCACAUGGGUAAGGAUAUUAGGCAAGAACAAAUGUUCCAAAACUUGCUUUGUGAUAUUUUUAUAUGGUUUUUAAAAUUUCUCUCUUGAUUUUAGUUUUUAUGAAUUCAGAUGUAAUAAACUCUGGAAUUUUGAUUUUGGUCAUUCAUGUUAGAUGUUGAUAGACAGGGAUGGCCGAAGGGCUCUUGUUAAACUAGAUAUGGUUAUAGGUAAGACGACUUUGAACAUUCAGGUAUUCAGAGAUUUGGAGAAUUUUUUUACCCUUUAA